CAACAUGAGAGAUAAGGAUGGAAUUACAGGUUCGGGGUAGGGAUAAGCGUAAGCGUAAGCGUGGCAUGAUUGAAUAGAACAAUUAAAGAAUCUUGGAAGUGGUUGGUUUGUUUGUUGCAGAAAAAGAAAAUCCAAAUGGGUUUGAGGAAUAUUAUUGGCAAAAGGCUUGGCCUUGGCCUUGUAAGGAGGAGGAAACCUUUUUCGACUGCUACUUGCGAUGGCGAUGGCAAUGGCAACGGCAACGCCAAAUCCAUCAACCUUUACUCCGCCAUCAAUCAAGCCCUUCAUAUUGCGCUUGAAACUGAUAAUCGCGCAUUUGUUUUCGGAGAAGAUGUUAGCUUUGGCGGGGUUUUCCGUUGCACUACCGGACUCUCUGACCGAUUUGGUAAAGCUAGGGUUUUCAAUACCCCUCUCUGUGAACAGGGCAUUGUCGGAUUUGGAAUUGGCCUAGCCGCAAUGGGAAAUCGGGCCAUAGCGGAAAUUCAGUUUGCAGAUUACAUAUACCCUGCUUUUGAUCAGAUUGUAAAUGAAGCUGCCAAGUUUAGAUACCGGAGUGGCAACCAAUUCAAUUGCGGAGGUUUGACAAUAAGAGCCCCUUAUGGCGCUGUGGGUCAUGGUGGACAUUACCACUCACAAUCACCUGAAGCUUUCUUUUGCCAUGUUCCUGGUAUAAAAGUGGUCAUUCCUCGCAGCCCACGGCAAGCAAAAGGAUUACUGUUGUCAUGCAUUCGUGAUCCAAACCCUGUUGUCUUUUUUGAACCAAAGUGGCUUUACCGUUUGGCAGUGGAAGAAGUGCCUGAGCAUGACUAUAUGUUGCCUCUAUCUGAGGCAGAGGUCAUUCGGCAAGGCAGUGAUAUCACACUAGUAGGGUGGGGAGCGCAGCUCUCUGUCAUGGAACAGGCCUGUAAUGAAGCAGAAAAGGAUGGAAUUUCUUGUGAACUUAUAGAUCUGAAAACUCUAUUGCCCUGGGACAAAGAAACAGUUGAAGCCUCAGUCAGAAAAACUGGAAGAGUUCUUAUUAGUCAUGAAGCUCCAGUUACAGGAGGAUUUGGUGCAGAGAUCUCGGCUUCCAUCGUUGAACGUUGCUUUCUAAGGUUAGAAGCUCCGGUAGCAAGAGUGUGUGGCCUUGACACCCCAUUCCCUCUUGUUUUUGAACCCUUCUAUAUGCCAACCAAGAACAAGAUUUUGGAUGCUAUCAAAGCAACCGUGAAUUACUAGAAAAUUUCCCAGAUAAACCUAUCUACAUACAUGCAUACAUUAACGCAUUAAGAAGAAAAAACUCACACUUGCAGAUACCGAUCCUUUCAUCAUGAGGAAAAGAUAGCGGCAGUGUUGGCGUGAAGCUAGAAAUCUAUCUAUUUAACUGUAACUCUUAUUUUAAGUAGUAAUAAUGAUAAUAAUUGCAAAGCAAACGUGCUUGUUGAUUGAUACAAGUAUAUCAAACUUUAAAAUUAUAAAAUAAUAUAUUUCAAAAAUAAAUAAAAACCGUUCUUGCUUCUUUUA